UAAUAAUAAUAAUAAUAAUAAUAAUAAAUGUUAAAGAAAGGUGUUAACAAAAUUAAAUUCUUCAUAAAUUUGUGGUCCUCUUAGAGAGAGUGACGACCGUUUUCCCAUAAUAAUUCUUAAUUAAGAGUUCUUACUAGAUAUCUGUGACGACGCCUUCAAUUUAAAACAGUGUUAUUAUGACGUAAUUAAAAUCUGCGGUCGCUCCUAUGAGGAAAUAUCGCGGGAAAGGAAAAAAACGCUUAAGUCACACUACAGUUUAUGAUCAUGCCAUCUUUUGAACAACAUGAAAAUGAACGAUGCACAUUCAAGAAUUUCCUGAUACAACGCUGCUUGUAAUAUUCAGCUUUCUCUGCGAGGCAGACUUGUGUCGAGCCGCACAGACAUGCAGGAGUUGGAGAGCUAUUACUUACGACAGCUCUUUGUGGAGAUGUGUAAAUCUUAAGCGCUUCCACAAGCUUAACGAAUUCAGCCUGAUCAAGCUUAUUCGAAGCCGCAUGGUACCGAUGCUAUUCAAGAUCAAUCUUGGAGGUUUCACCCUGUCUCCAAGAGUUUUCCAAGUUCUGGCCAUGUACUGCAAACAACUUAAAGUGUUAUGUUUGGGAUCUGUGUCCUUUGUAGAAGAAUUCGCGGUCAGCAACGAAUCAUUUCCAGGGAACUUAACAAAGCUUGAUAUACGGCACAGUUCGGGACAUCCAACUGCAUUCAAAGUUAUCAUCCAGAGCGUGCAGAGAGUACAAUGCCUGGGUCUCAGCGAUUCUAUUUUUGAAGUUAUCAAUACAGAAGGCGAUAAACUAAGAUUGUUCGCUUCUUUGAAGGAGGUUAGAAUAUUAGAGUUCAGUUACUGUAAUUCACUGACAGAUACAAUAGUGCAGUAUAUUGCCGAGAAUUGUAAGAAACUUCGAUCACUUUGUCUACGGAGAUGCCACAACAUUCGAGGAGGAAAUCUGUCGGAGUUAAUCGGUUGCUGUUCAUCGCUGACUUCGUUAGUGCUCGACGGUACGAGCGUCUCCGACAGUGAAGUUCAGGUGGUUUCUUGGGAGAAUUCGAAGAUAACCGAAGUAGAUCUGUCGUGGUGUCGGCAUCUGAGCAAAAUUGGUCUUAAAUCGAUACUGACUCGUUGCCACUUGCUACGAUUCGUACGCUUGUGCUGCUGUGGUUAUGGUCAUGCAAUCACCGAUGAGGUUCUUCACGCAAUGACUGAGUGUCGAUACCCUUCACUUCAAGUCUUAGAUUUGAGCUACAGCAGCGAGGUCACAAACUGUGCCCUUGGACGGUUUGUAGCUAGCUGUUCUUCGUUGCAAUAUUUGAGGGUAUACCACUGUCAGAAGAUUACAUCCACACUAGUGAACCUCAUCCCCAGCGACUCACAGGUAUUUGUGGUCGCGAACUUUCAGUUGCAAAGAGGAGGUCUGGCGACAAGCGCUACUUUGGAGGGGCCCUGGACACUUUUAUCAGCGACGCCAGUAAACUACUCGCGAAGAGAGAGCCUAGACACGAGUCUGCGGCAUAAUUGAAUGGUUAUCUUGGGGGUAAUGAUUAUGGUUGCCUUGCUCCAAUGUGAAGCCCGUUCAAAUUAAACGGCUGUGUUGGAGUAGGGAGAGGUGUGGAGGAGACUGAUAGCAUCCUUUAUAUUACUUGGCGCUUUAGCUAGUGAAACGCAGUAGGCUAGAUUAAAACAAAAUAUCUCGUAAUUAUUGGACGUGUAUUCUUAACAUACUCCCAACGAAAGCGUCCGAUUUUCGAGUGUUUGCUCCAGCAAUAUUUCCUAUUGUUUUUUUUUUCAAUAAGUAUCUUCCCGCGGAAACACAACGAGAACUCAGUUAGAAAUAAGUAGAAAAUAUUAUCCACAUUGGGUUGAGAAUUGCAUUUCCGUUACCAGAAAAGUAGUUGCGUACAUUUUUUGAAACCGUGACUACCCAACGGUGUUGCUUUGUGAUCUUAUGGGUAAGGAAAGACCUGAAAAGGAAUGCGCUGUUGAUGAUGACAGAUCCCGACAGUGAUGGACAAUAGGACAACCAACGCGGAAGUUGUUAUCAGAGCCCGGAGUUUGGAAGCAUUGUGUAGUGUUUUUUCCUUUUGUUUUGUUUGUUUGUCUUUUUGCUUUGUUACUCGAGCCUCUGAAGUUAAUGCAGCGAUAAUAUCAAACAUGGCAGAGAAAAUUGUGUCUACCUGAUUGAAAGACGAUGUCAGAUGACAAGCAUGAACGAGAUUAAAACUGCUUCUGUU